AUGCAGAUUGAUGAUCGAGCCAUUCCCGUCGACUCCUUGGUGGUGGUCGUGGGAGCCAAUGGAUACAUGGCAUCGGAGAGUGUCGAGAAGCUCCUGCAAGCUGGGUACCGGGUUCGUGGCACAGUCCGGGACCUUGAGCGUCACAACGGCUGGAUGUACCGCCUUUUUGACAGCAAGUGGCCCGGAAAGUUUGAGCUUGUUCAGGUCCCUGAUUUCCUGGCCGACGCCGCCUUCGAUGAAGCUUUCAAGGGAGCCGCAGGAGCCAUCUACACCUCAAUGCCCGUCAUACUGGAUACUGACAUCGAGAAUGUUUGGGGCACAUCGAAGAAUGGUCUCAUCAACACUCUUGAGGCAGCUGCACGCGCUGGCGUCCAACGUUACGUUCUAGGAUCCAGCUCCAAGGCAGUCAUCACCACCAAUUACACUGGUUCUCCAGUUGAAUUAACCGUAGACUCCUACAAUUACGAUUCCAUUAAAGAAGUCUAUUCUGGCCCACAAGAAGAUUCCUUCGCACGACGAGUAGCUACUUUCAGUUCUGGGCGGGCUCUUGCAGAACUCACAUUCUGGGACUGGGUCAAGAAAGAGAACCCCCCUUUCGUUGCUAAUUGUGUUGUACCUGAUGGACAGUUCGGUCGAAUCUUAGACGUGGAGAACAUGAACGUUGGAGACACUUCAUCAUCUGGACAAUUGAAGCGAGCCCUUGCAGGAGAAUGGGCUGGCGUCCCAUUCUCACUUGCAUUCAUUAGCGAUGUUCAAGAUUCCGCACGUCUACUCGUGGCGGCGUUGGCCAAGACUUCCAUCAAGAACGAGCGUAUCUUCUCCUACUACAAGAAUCGAACGUGGAACGACCUACGUCAAACCAUCCGACAGGAAUUUCCUGAUCGCCCAGAGCUGGUUAAGGGUCCCGACUCGGAAAUCACCGGUAGAGACGUAUCAUUUGCGCCUAAGCCAAUUGCACGCGCAGAAGAGAUCCUGCGAUCCAUUGGGCAAUCAGGAUUUGCCAGUGAGGAGAGCAUCUUGCGGGCUUUCGUAGCUUCUGCAUACCCAGUAAAGCAAUAA